AUGCACAUGCACAAGGACAUGCAGCCCACGCAGCUCAAGCGGCCCAUGCGGCUCACGUGGCCCACGCAGCCCACGCGGCUCAUGCGGCCCACGCCGCCCAUGCAGCCCACGCAGCACAUGCUGCCCAAGUGGCGUAUGGACAUCCGCAUCAAGCAACCUCACAUGCACUACGCGGGAGCUCCAGUCGUGCAUGGGAUGCAUCCGAUGAUGCCCGGUGCCCACAUGGUGCCAAAUGGGCACUAUCCAAUACACUAUGCACCCCAUCCUCAUCAUCCUGGCUAUUAUAUGCCUGUGUAUCCUGGCCACCCGCCAGGCUUCCCGCCUCACUACCCGGGAUAUCCGCCGCUUGCCCGGGAAAGCCGGGACAAAGACAGCGACGAGGACCGGAAGAAGAAGAAGGAGCGUGAGGAGCCGCCACCGCCGACAAAGUUCGACGAUGAUCACUGGGAGGAGCCUCGGACACGGACCAAGCUCAAGCUUCUGGGCGAGGACUGUGGCGAAGAAAAUCGCAAGCUCUGGAGCUACCCGAUGACAGACGAGAACCGCCGCUGCUUCGCCGGGUACAUACCGUGCCUCCUAAAGGAGGAUGUGUGCGACAGCUUCUUCAAGAAGAUUCGGGACUCGGUGGACUGGCAACAGCCAGAGGGCCCCCUGGGUCAAAUCCCUCGCAAGACCUGCUGGAUGGUGAAAGCCGGCUGUGACUGCAAGUAUAGAUACGGAGGAAUCGAGGUGGCGCCUCAGAAGUUCCCGAGUUGGAUGAACGAGCUUAUGGAGCUAGUUCUCAAGCCCUGCGGUCUCUCGCAGAAAGACUGGCCCAAUUCCUGCAACCUCAACCUCUACGAGGAUGGUGGCAUGACUGUCGGCUGGCACGCUGACGACGAGAAGCUGUUUCAAGGUCGGUUUCGCGACUGCAGGAUCAUCUCGCUGUCGUUGGGUGCGACUCGGAAGUUCGAGUUGCGGCUCAACUGGCCCGAGGAAGAGGAAGCGCAGAUCACACGGCUGACGCUCCGCGGAGGUGAUCUUCUCACUAUGGAGGGAAUGACGCAGAAGCACUUCCAGCACCGCGUCCCGCGCGAAGGGACGAAGGAGCCUCGGAUCAACCUGACCUGGCGCUGGGUAAAGAAGCAUUUACCCGGGUGCCCUUCAGGGGGCCGGCGUUGA